AUGUCAUUCAUUCAACUCGUUCACUUCUUCGGUCUUUUGACCUUGGCUGCUGGCAAGCCGAUUCUUAUUCCGAGGCAGGCUUCGGGAGCGCCGCAGGGCGGUGCUGGCAACCUGAUUGAUGUUCAGCUGCAGUCGCUUGGAAACUCAACUAUCAAGGCUUUUAUCACUAAUAUUGCCGAUGAGAAUCUCCGCGUCGUCAAGAGGGGUGGUCUCCUCGAUAACGAACUUCCUACUAAGAAGGUGGUUGUAUCUGGAUCUGGGGCCGACCCAACUUUCACUGGUGCCCAAGUAGACUACGUCAACACACAUCUGAAUGAUGACGCCUUCUUGGAGCUCGCCCCUAAGCAAACAAUUGAGUCCAUCUUCGAUAUUGCCGACUCCCAUGACCUUUCUCCCGGAGAGAAGUACUCCGCCAUCGCGGACGGCAUGCUCGAAUACACAAAGUUGAACAACACCAAGAAAUUUUUCGUCAUUCCUUACACAUCCAACGCCAUCGAAUUCGAUGCUCCUGAGGACUCUGCCAACCGCCUUGCGGCCCGCGCUACCCUCGAAUCUUGCAGUGGCGAAUACAACCAGCUCAUGCAGGAUAACCUUGCGCAGGCCGCCAAGAUGGCUGAGGCCGCCGCUGCGGAUGCGCGCGAUGGCAGCAGUGGACUGUUCCAGAAAUUCUUCAAGUCCCAGGAUGAGGCUGAUAAGAAGGAGGUUGCGGAGCGCUUGGAGGCCAUUGCUAAGGAAGCAACAUCGAAGGGCACAUUGACCUACUACUGUCAGCCAUCGGCACAGGAUUCCUGCGGCGGCAACAUUGCGGCUAUUACGUACCCAACAUUGAACCGUGUUGUCAACUGCCAAGCAUACUAUGAGACGCAGCAGGUGGUGAACGAGUGUGGAUAUCUGGAUCAGGCAGCUAUCUCACUCCAUGAAUUCUCGCAUGCUACUAGCGUCUAUGCGCCUGGCACGGAUGAUGUUGUGUAUGGACUUGAUGGUGUACUUCAAUUGAGCACUGCGCAGGCCAAGAACAACGCUGAUUCAUUUGCUUACUAUGCAAAUAGUGUUUUCAACAACUGCAGUGCUGAUGGUAACCAGAAUGGAAACUCUGGUACGCAAAUCGGUUCCUCAAAUAGUAAUGGGGGUGGUCUGAACAUCCCUUGGGGACAGGGAACUGGUCAAGGAAAUGAACAGGGAGCUAGCCAGGGAGCCGGCCAACAAACCGGUGCCCCAGCCGGAAUGGAGAAUGGAGGAGGCUUUACCAUUCCCUGGGGGCAAGGAAUUGGCCAAGGAAACGAACAGGAGGUUAAUCAGGGAGCCGGUCAACAGACCAACCAAGGCGCUAGCACUGGUAUCGGUGGUAUGGCUCCCUGGGGACAGCAAGCUGGCGCCGCAGAAGGUGCUACACAGCCCAACUCCGAAUGGCCCGCUGGCUUCGACAACAUUCCCUGGUCCUUCAACAACCCCAACCAAGGUGGCCAGUCCAAUGAUGCUCAGUUUUCCAACGACUGGCAGCCAGUUUCAAAUGACUAUCAGGAAGUUUCGGCUGCUCCGUCUGGUGCCUUCCCUAACGAUAUCUUCGGAGCCCCUGAGAGCUCGCAGGGUUUUGAACUUGGUGAAGGAAGCGGUUGGUUCAAGCGGGAUCAAUAGGUCAAACGAUGCACUGUCUGUCCGAUGAGAUAUGGUGACGAAGCAUAUCAACU